AGAAGCAACCGAGUUAACCACUGUGCGAUCGCUUGAUCUGCUAGAAAUAGCAACUAAAUCGUGAUCAAAUCAUCUUGAAAACGGAAAGACACAUUAUACAAUGAAGUUUCAGAUAGUUACUAUAAACAAGGAGGGUCAUUGCUGGAACACUUUUUGAUCAUAUGUUUGUUCGAUCCCAGUCGACCUGGGGCUAAAAGAACAACGAAUACUAGAUAUGGAAUCUACAUUGGCAGCUUCAUUACAUAAACAAGCUCACGUGGUCUGAGAUUUUGUUCUGCAUCUGUUUACUCCUUUUUCUUUCUUUCACUUCAUAACAGAUAAUGAAAUUUUAGCUUUAAAAGAUUACUACAAUCUUCCUUCCAUACGAAUUUGAAAACGAGACGAGCUUAUAAAAGCACGUAUCGCCCGCCAAUACAUUAUAUACAUCAAACAUGAAGCUUGAAAAGAUUUUAAAUAAGUCUCUUCGUUUGUGCAAACUCCAAGUCCGCUACCAACAUAAUCAACCAGUUCAGAAUGUCAAUCAGGCCAGAGUAUCAAUGCCUAGCUGUGAUUUUGUUCCCAAGCCAUAUCAGGGUAUAUCAGCAGAAGCCGCCAAAACAGUGCGACAAUACAAUAUUAACCCAGCAUUAUUCACAUUCUACAAGAAUCCAGUGUUUAUUUACAAAGGACACAUGCAAUGGCUUUGGGACACAAAUGGCAAGAGAUAUUUAGAUUGUUUUGGCGGUAUUGUCACAAUUAGUGCUGGACACUGCCAUCCUGCUGUUGUGGGAGCUGCAGAAAAACAACUUAAUGAUCUUUGGCACACCACAAAUAUCUAUUUGCAUCCCACAUUACAUCAAUAUGCCAGUGAACUAGUUGCCAAAUUACCUGGUGACCUAAAGGUUGUUUAUUUUACAAACAGUGGUUCAGAAGCCAAUGAUUUGGCCAUGUUCAUGGCCCGCAUGUACACUGGGACCUUUGAAAUCAUUGGACUAAGAAAUGCUUACCAUGGAGCUAGCCCUUAUUUAAUGGGACUGACCGCUUUGGGGACGUGGCGAUAUAAUGUACCUACUGGAUUUGGCAUUCAUCAGACUAUGAAUCCAGAUCCUUAUCGAGGAGUUUGGGGUGGCUCUCACUGCCGCGAUUCACCUGUACAGACAACCCGCACAUGUGACUGUCCAGCAGAUAAAUGCCUUGCAACAGAUUUAUACAUUGACCAACUACAAGAUGUCCUUUCAUAUUCCAUGCCCAAAGGACGUGCUGGCUGCUUUUUUGCUGAAUCCAUGCAAGGCGUUGGUGGUACUGUUCAGUUCACAAAAGGCUAUCUUAAAAGAGCUUUUGAGAUGAUUCGUGAAAAAGGUGGUCUUUGUAUUUCUGAUGAGGUACAGACGGGUUUUGGUAGAACUGGAACACAUUUCUGGGGUUUUGAGGGCCAUGAUGUUAUUCCUGAUAUUGUAACGAUGGCCAAAGGCAUGGGUAAUGGUUUUCCCUUGGCAGCUGUUGUAACUACUCCUGCUGUUGCUAAGAAAAUGUCGGAGGCUUUACAUUUCAAUACUUUUGGAGGAAAUCCUUUGUCGUGUGCUGUUGGAUCAGCUGUUCUUAAAGUGAUAGAAGAAGAGAAUCUUCAAAAGAAUUGCCAUGUUAUUGGCACCUAUUUCCUUACAGAAUUGGCUAAGCUACGAGAUGAAUUUGAAGUUGUUGGUGAUGUUCGUGGGAAAGGAUUAAUGAUUGGAGUUGAAAUGGUUACUGAUAAGGAAAGUAAAACUCCUUUACCUGCUGAACAUUUUGCAAACAUUUGGGAACGUACAAAAGAUCUAGGUGUUUUGCUCGGAAAAGGAGGAUUUUUUGGAAAUGUCUUGCGUAUCAAACCACCAAUGUGCAUUACUAAAGCUGACGUAGACUUCACUCUGGAUGUAAUUCGGCAAUCUCUUGUAGGAUAUGAAAAAGGAAUCAAAUCUAACUAAUAAAAUGACAUUAUGUUAUUGUUACAAGACAAUUUUUUUUAUAUAAACAUUUACUAAAUGUUAUCACGGGGACAACUAGAAAAAGGAAUACUCUCAAAUUUAACUUUUAUAUAUGCAGGCUUACUCAAAAAAAAUCUUUCUGUGAAAUCUAAAAAAGUUUUUUUAUAAAAUUAUAUUUUUGAAACACUUAACCUCAUCUUUAAUAAUAAAACAUUUUGUAAUAUUUGCAGCUACAUUAUAUUUCAGUCAGAGUCUUAUUCCUAGUUGUGUACACAGUAUUGGCCUGGAUUUGAGUGUUACUAUUCCUUAUUUUUUGGAAUAAGUGUUUCUUGUUGAAAUCCAGUUUGAUACCAGAUACAUAUCCAAGAAUAAAAUACCUGCUGAUGAUAAAAAUUUAACCGGUUAAAAUGUAGUGAAGGUAUAAUUAUCAAAAAAAGUUUCAUCACUUAGGAUGAAGUUUAAUAGUCUACAAAAUUAUAAUUUUAUUAACAGUAAUUCAUCACAAACAUUUGGGCAUACUGGGUUUUUUACUUUUUUGUCUGGAUGGGGGUUUUUUUUUCCACAUUCCUUUUUUGAUUAUAUUUGAGACGGUUAAACUAAAUGACAAUUUUUUAUUUUUCAUUUUUCCUACAAAUAAUUUGUAUCAUUUACAAUUUACAAUUAAUUAUUAUUAUAUUUUAUUCAACUGAAUUAAUUUUGAAAUUCUUAAACCAAUAACAUUACAGAAUAAAGUUGGAGGUUGAUGAAAUUGGUGUGGAUCUAUAUUAGCACAAAAUAUUUCAAGACAUUUUGUCCAAUGUGCUAGUAAUUCUGCUAAUCCCUCCUUUGUUACUAUCCAAAUUUGUUAUUUUCAGGAAAAUUUAUUUAAUUUUUCUUACAAUUAUAUUUUCAGACCACAAUUCAUGUUUUAAAUAAAAUUUAUUUUAAAAAGUA